AAGUAACUUUAUUGUGGAGUAGACUGUGGUCCCGUGCAGACGUGGGCCAUUGAGCAGAUUGAAGGUAGUGAAAGAAUAUCUUCCGGAAUAAGGCGCCAAGGUGUUAAGUGAGCUGUCCGGUUGGAUGUGCGUUCGCAGAAGGAGUGGUUGUGAAUUGGUACUCUCCCGUGUACAAACAUUGCUGCCUGCUUCGAACCGUGCCCGAUAUACCGCUGUUGGUCUAGUUUUCUGCCGGCAGCCGCGCGCCAAUUGGAAUAAGUCAGCCUGGAAAGGCUUGCGCGUGAAAAGUGGUUCAGUGAAAGAGGAUAAGCGCACGUACGAAAAGCAGAACCGCUGCCCUGCCUGCUUCUCAGUAUCCACCGGGGAACAACAUCAAACAGUGAUAAAGGCAGGACAUGAAGAAGCGAAUCUAGCGAGAGACGCCAACUAGUGGAACCAAAGCUCGGAAACACGUUAUACCAACGUACAUAAUUAUAUAAUCAGAAUAACAAGCAUUCGGGCGGAGAACGCAGUGUAAAAGAUAGCGAAUGAAGCCAGCAAAGAGGAGCACCGAAGAAAAAGGGAAAAGUGAUAUUUAUUAUUGAAUAACAACAUAAUUAGUGCCAGAUAUCGGAUGCUUAGCUUGAUGGGGAUGGUGCCCGUGGGAUCAGUGUCCAGAAAAGCUUUUUAAAGUUAAGUGAAUGUCGAUGUCCGUGAAGUGAUUAGACGCAUAAUUUGCACUAAUUGAUGCAAAGCAAUUUACAGUGUAGUGAGACGUCGGUGCGACAAGGUGAAGAUGCUGUUUUUGAAAUUUCUACCGUUCGCCGCAUUACUGGUUGGGCUGGUUAGUGCCCAAGACGAUUCGUUAGCUGGAAGCUUUCUUUCAGGUCUGCUCGACUCAAUAACCAGCACUGAAGAUGCCAAAGGAUGCCCAGGAGUAUGUGUACAUACAUUGGCAACAUUAAUAUGUUACGAAGUAUUGGAAGAUAUCCCGUGUCCAUCUCCCAGCAUGAGAUGCUGCGUCGAAAGUCAGGCCGCUGCUGCCAACAUUUCCACCACAACUUCCCGACCGAGGCCCACGACUACCCCGAAGACUACCACAACAACUCCAAAGCCUACAACGGAGGGGAAAAUAAAGGAAAAAGAUAAGGACAGUAAAAACAAUUCCACGUGUCCAGGAGUUUGUGUAGCUGACAGGAUCGCGGAAUAUUGUGAAGCUUAUCUGACAACUCAAGGGCUUUGCAAGAGUGGCACCAAAUGUUGUGUGUCCAGGGACAUUUAUCCCGAUAAAACACCAGCGGAUCUUUAUGUUCCUACGGCUCAUUAUGAUAGUAACAAAAACAAAACCACAACUCCAAAACCGUAUCCGAAAACAACGGAGAAGACUACCACUGAAGAGCCUAUAAAAUCGAAAACGAAUCCAACGUCCAAGCCAGUCAAAUCAACACCUCCACCAAAGCUCAAAACAGCCCAAACAUCGAAUCAGCAAGGAAACGUUCACAAGUCCUGUGAAGGGGAAUGUGUUAAUGGACUGUUCGCUUUGUUUUGCGAUGAUGUUGAUAGUGAGGCAUUCUGCCCUAAUGAAGGAUCUUGCUGCGUAACUGGGGCGGCGGACGACACCAAGCACGAAAUUGUAACCACAACGAGAAGGCCCAGCACACCGCCUCCAUUACGAAGAUGUCCUGGCUUCUGUAUGCUAAACAUCAUGGCUGCGUUCUGUGAAAGGCCAUCGGAAAUCAUUCCACAUACCGCUAACUGCAAACGAGGUUCGAUUUGUUGUGACAACACUAAGGUUCCAGUGACGAGGCCAGCCCCAAAACGGCCGCCACCGCCCCCGCCAACAACUACGACUACACAAGCUCCUACAACAACUGCUGCACCUGAUCCAAGAGAAGAAUGUCCUGGAUCGUGCAUCGUGGGUCUGUUGAGUUUCACGUGCUUCCGAAAUGCCGAAAUGACUGACUUAUUCAAAUGCAAAAAAUCUGGAACUCAAUGUUGUGCGCCGAAAUCCAAAAUUCAAGAAGUACAAAUGGCGGCUGGCAAAAUUAAACCAAAUGAUACGGCUAAUUAUCCACCACAACCACCACCACAGAACAUGGCGCAGCCUUAUCCACCACCACCACAGGCGCUGCCACCAGCACAGCAACCCCAACCUCAACCAGGAUAUGGACCUCCAGUGAUGAACAGUUAUCCUGGACCAGUUAGCAACAACAUCUAUGAAGUUCCACAAACUCAACCUCCUGUACAUCACCUAUCUCAGCCCAUUUACGAACCAUUGCCUACAACUACCACUCCAAGACCCCAGGUUUACUCCAAAUAUGUUUGCGGCGUAAAAGGAACCAGUCGCGGAGCAAGAUCAUUCAUCAGUCGGAUAGAAAUGGAACAUUCAACUUCUAGCAGCAGCCGAACUGCUCGACACAUUGAACUGGAAGACAUCUAUCGAUCGAAGAGCACCGAACGAUUGGUUCUUGGACACACCAUCGUACCCAUUCCAAUCAUCUACAGUGAUCACAACGACACAGUACCGGAAGAUUUGCUUCACCAUCCUAGUAUUUCUAAGUCGAACUCAACCACCAGUAAGUAUUGGAACAGCCAUCGGAAGGGUCGUGUCGUCGGUGGCGAGGAUGGUGACAACGGUGAAUGGUGCUGGCAGGUCGCGUUGAUAAACUCUCUGAAUCAGUACCUUUGCGGCGCGGCAUUGAUUGGAACACAGUGGGUCCUUACGGCGGCACAUUGCGUCACUAACAUUGUCCGGUCCGGUGAUGCAAUCUACGUUCGGGUAGGUGAUUAUGAUUUGACUCGCAAAUUUGGAAGCCCUGGUGCGCAAACGUUACGAGUGGCAACAACCUACAUUCAUCACAAUCACAACAGUCAAACGUUGGACAACGAUAUUGCGCUGUUGAAACUGCACGGGCAGGCAGAGCUUAGGGAUGGCGUUUGCUUGGUUUGCCUUCCGGCCCGCGGUGUCAACCAUGCCGCCGGUAAGCGUUGUACCGUCACCGGUUACGGCUACAUGGGUGAGGCUGGGCCAAUCCCAUUGCGAGUGCGAGAGGCAGAGAUUCCUAUCGUCAGCGAUGCCGAGUGCAUCCGCAAGGUGAAUGCCGUCACCGAGAAGAUCUUCAUUCUUCCGGCGUCCAGUUUCUGCGCCGGUGGGGAAGAAGGCAACGACGCCUGCCAGGGAGACGGUGGAGGCCCCCUAGUUUGCCAGGAUGACGGAUUUUACGAACUGGCUGGGCUUGUUUCGUGGGGAUUCGGAUGCGGACGGGUAGAUGUGCCGGGUGUUUAUGUGAAAGUAUCUUCCUUCAUCGGAUGGAUCAACCAAAUUAUAAGUGUCAACAACCUAUGAUCUGCAGAACAUAACUAACGAACGCACCACAUCCUCUGAAUUACUGUGUAAAUUUAAAUAGAACAAUAGUAUAAGUUAAUCCUAGAUACCUAUUUAAUUUAUUUAAGCUAAUUUAUUGAUUCGUAUUAGGAAAAAUCUAAAUUUUAGUGCACUUAGAUUUCAAAACUACUUCAUCCUAGAAAAGGGUUCAUUUAAAUCGCUGCCUACAUCAACUAUACAAGAACUUUCAAAUUUGGUUCAAAUUUGCAAAGAUUUCCUUACCUAAGAGUAUCGUAGUUUUAUAGUCACCUGUCGUGGAAUGAUUGGAUUUCAACCUAAAUUUUAUUGCUGCGCAAGUAGUCACGACUGUAAAUUGAGUAUUCAAUUUGAGACACAUCUAGUUCAAUAAAUGUUUGUAAGAUCGGA